AUGUACAUUUUUCUGCUUUUACUCGUUAAAGUAAGCUGUGAGUGGGUCGAGAUCUCUCAAAACUAUUACAGACAGGACCCACCGAGACUUAAACAAAAAGUAAUAGAAGAAGUAGAAUAUAGAAACCAAACAAUGACGCCGCAGUGGAAUAGAGCGACGAUAAAUAAAGUUUCAAACGUCGGUAACAUACAAAGGGUGCCUUAUGCAAGUGUUAAAUCACCGUAUGUUCGUCCCAACUCAGAGAAGACAUCCCCAGGCUUUUCGCCAACUGAAUCUUCCAAAACUGGAAUAACUAGCUCAAGACCGCUCUCUUCUCUUCAAGCUGAUAACUUGGACAUGGAAAGAAUUCACACACGAAAUGAAGUCACGUAUAAAAACUCCUCCAUAUUUGAGAAGCCGAAACUUAACAAUUUGGAUAAUACAUUUGCCACUCUCCCUGAUUUAGAUGAAAGUAAAAGGGAAGAUCUAAGUGAUAAAAUUACACGACAUAAUAUUCUUAAUGGACCAUCAACGAUAAAGCAUGAAUUAAAUAGCACCAGAUCUCACCACGUCAAUAAAGGUACAAUAAAUAAAAUACAAUAUUCUGAUAAACAAUUAAAUGACGCUCCGAUUCCGCAAGAAAAUAAAUUGGAGGGUAUUUGGAAAGCUGUUAAACUCGUCGCUGAUACAAUAUCGAAGCACAGCCGAAAGAGUUUAAAAAGUAAGGUUCGAUAUCUCGAAAACUUGCGGAAGAUUAUUAUGACGAGUGUCGAAGACAAAGUAGACCUUGUGUGGCCCGAUGAUGCAGUGCCACGUAGGGUAUCCCGUUCAUCUGAAUCUCGGGGUCACGUCGAGAUACCCUCUUCCGAGGGUGCACUAAUGACGAUAUCCUUUUUAACUUUUGCUGUGUUCCUCAUAAAAUUAGUCCUGCAAGUAAUCCACACAUACAAGCAGAAGGCUAUGAUGGUCACUCCAACUGUGGUUGCUGCUGUGGGCCGAGCUUCAAGAGUAAUCAAGCAGAAUCCUCACUAA